AUGUAUUCAGAGAAUCACAUGUGGGUGUCAAUCGCAUACCGACCGCAGUCCAGCAACUACACGCGCUGUCAGCGGGUUUCCUGCGCCCUGACAUUAAACAUGCUCAGCCUGAUUGUCAACGCCAUGUUCCUCCGGGCAGGGGGCAAGGACGGAGACAUCGAGGACGACGCGGACAUCCAAGUGCACACCUCUUUCAUCUCGACGCUGAUCGUGACGCCGCCCACUAUCCUCCUCAUCUACCUCUUCAAACUCUCCAAACCCAAGCCCGUUGAUCCGAACACGACCUUGUUCAAGCCCAGUGGGAGGUCGACCAAGAUCCGGGUCCCGAUGGUCCACGACUGGCUCGAAAAACAGCACCAGUGCAGCGUUCAGCUGGAAAAGUGUCUUGUCCAGAAAGGAUACCCUUCAACGCAGGGCCUGAAGCUGCCGUACCAGUGCACGUACCUCGCCUGGUUCCUGGUUUUCCUCAUAUGGUUCCUAUGCGCGUUCUUCAUCAUGCUCUACAGCAUGGAAUGGGGCAAGAAGAAGUCAGAAGAGUGGCUCACCACCUUCUUCCUCUCCUGCUUCCAGUCCAUAUUCUGUCUUGACCCCCCUCAAGGCGGUAUGCGACUCGCAGCGCCCCCUCUGGACAUGGGGCAUCUGAAGAAAGCCAAGCGUCUGCGGCAGAAGGAGCUUCAAUUAAACAGGGCGAUCCGGGACACCAUACUGAACCUCCUCAUGUGCUGGAUAAUCUACAGUAUCGCCUGCAAUCGCUGUAGAAACGAGUACAUGGAUGAAACAAAAUGUUAUAAGAACUAUAACGAGCCGGACGAGGAAACAGGUGCCUUCUGCAUCGGUUGGAAGGCCGGGCCGUGCGACGACAAGAAGAGUAUCUACAAUUUCUCAUCCGCUGCCUGGAAUUUCACGUCGGCGUUCGAUAUCUGGGGAAUACCUAUCGCUGGGGGGUACAAUAUAUAUGGUGGAGGAGGAUACAUCGCAAAGUUGGACGUCAAUAUGCUAGUUAGUCAGACAAUUGUGAACGAGCUUUACCUGAAUUCCUGGAUUGACCGUCAUACAAGAGCAGUUGCACUAGAAUUUACCCUUAACUGCUUACAAGCCAACAUCUUUACGUACAACAUGUUCUUGGUAGAAUUCCCGGAGACAGGCGGCGCGUUCGUCCACUAUGGGAUACAUCCCAUGAAUGUGUACCAGCACGUCGGUCCCAUGGGCCUUUACACGCUGGCGUGCGAGCUGAUAUACAUCGUGUUCCUAGUGGGGUUCACGGUUAUGAACAUCGUCAUGAUUGUGCAACAAAAGAAAGCGUUUGUUAGCGACGCUUGGCAGGUGUAUGAUCUUGUUUUUGUCAUGCUAGGAUACGUGGCCAUUGAAAUGUAUUUUGUUCGACACGUGAUGACCAGUCAAACCAUGUCCGUAUUCAACGCGGACAAGAAGGCGUUUAUCAACUUCUAUCACAUCGCUAUAUGGAACGACAUGCUCGUGCUCCUGCAGGGAAUCCUCUGUUUUAUGGCAACUCUUCGACUACUCAACGUGCUAGGCUACCACAAGCGCAUCGGCACCGUUGUACGGGUCUUCAAGAAGAUCGCCUCGCAGCUGAUCUGGUUCAGUCUGUUCUUUACCGCCUGCUUCACCAUUUACUGCAUUUUCGGCUGGUUGCUGUUUGGCGCCCAUCUCGAGUACUACAAGGACAUCUACUCCUCCCUGCGAACCAUAUUUCUCAGCAUGAUCGGCAAGAACAGGUUCACGGAGAUGGAUAACACGAGCCCCUAUAUGGCUAAGAUCUACUUCCUGUUAUUCAUCGGCUUCGUAGACUACCUCGUCCUUACGACGUUCCUGGCGCUGCUCAGCAAGACAAUCGAUGAUGUACACGUUGAAGCCAAGAAGGACACGGGCGAUGAACUGGUUGACUUUGUAUUGAAAAAAAUGAAAAGACUCAUAUUGGUCGGCAAGUCCGUUAAACGAUUAGUAAAAGAUGAUGAGUCAAAGCAUCCGGCUCCGCGGAUUAACAACGCACGGAUCGAGAACCCUUACAUUGACGCCUUAGAGGAGAUCCGGAACGCGCUGCAGUGCUCCCUCAUAUCCGACCCGCGCGGCAAGUAG